AUCCUCGUCCUUGUGCAUGGUCAUCGUGAACAUACCUUUUUGUCAGGCUUGCGUUUUAUUCCCAAGAUCGGUAUCCGGAAGCACCACAAGGCUGGAAUUUUUCUCUCGAGUACCAAGGAAACAAUUCUUAAACAUUCUGUCACUCAUCAGUGGAUCAACUCGCAAUGUGGCCUAACCAAGGUCCUCCAAUGGGUCCACCCAACCCAAGUUUUCCUCCUCCAGCCUAUCCUGGAGUUCCAAAUCCAGCAUACCCCCCUGGUUACAAUCCAGCAUAUCCACCUGGUAUGAACCCAGCUGUACCUCCUGGGCUGGGUCCUCCUGGGGCCCCAGGACAACCCUAUUUCCCCACUGGUCCUGCACCCCCACCCUAUCCAGGGGCCCCACCCCCUCAUGUCCCACACGGUGGAGUCUACCCAGGCCCUCACUAUGGCCCUCCUCAUGGUCCUCAUCCACAUCCUGGGGGUUUCAACCCUCUGGCUGGGGGUUUAGCAGGAGGUGUAGCAGGGGCAGGAAUGGCCUUGACGGGACACAAGGUGCACAAGAAAAUGAAAAAGAUGAAGAAAGGAAAGAAGGCACACAAGGCUCAUAAAAACAUGAAGCAUGGAAAGCAUUCUUCAAGCAGCAGUAGUAGUAGCAGCAGCAGCGACUCAGACUAAAGUUACUAGAGUCCACCAAAUCACUGACAACAUGAUCUGCCCUGUAACAAGUGACAUACAGCAAAUGAUAGCUUGGUUUACUGACCUUUGUCUUAUACAGCUUGUUUUAAUAAUUUUCACUCUAAACUAUAUUAUUACUAAGCCAUUAAUCUAUUGUGUCAUAUAGGUUGAUUGGUUUGUAAAGCAAUUUACUGUAUUGUUUAAUUAUCACAUACUAAAGAAAAUUUGAUUAUCCUCAAAGUCAGUAAUGUAAAGCACCUGGUCUGAAACUUCUGGUUUUAUGUUUCUCUGUCAAAGAACUAGAUUAACCACCUUUAACCACAUGGGAGAUAUAUCGGUUUUCAUAGUAAACUGUGUGACACAACUACUGGACAAUGCUGUUGAGGAUUAAUGUAUGUACUGCAUUCUUACAAGUGUUACAACAACAAAUGUUUAUGGUAAAUUAUACGAAACUGAUCAUCUAAA